AUGCCGUCCGUUUGCGCGGGCACUGCGGCCAGCCCCUGCCGCUUCGGCCAAGCUCGUUCCGGUGGGCCGGUCCAGGUUCAGCGGUCCGGAGGGCGGUGUCUCUUCUGCGACUUGGAGAGGCUCGACGAGUGCGUCCAUGACGGCCGUGGCCGGACGGCAAUCAGGCAGGCCUUGCAGGCCACGGGGGUCUUCUUGAAGAAUGAUGAGGACAUCUUCGAGGAGGCUCUGGCCCGCAUCGGAGAGGUCAUUCCGGAUUUUGCGGACUUGGAGGAAGGCGCACGACGGCUGGUGGCGGCUGGCGACUGGUCGAGGAUCCUGGCACAGCGGAGGCGCCUGCGCGCGGAGCCCGCGGCGGAGGAAGACGCCGUCUAUCGCCAUCGCGUGGACACGGAUCGCCAGCGCGUGCGCCACAAGUUUUUUCCGUCCAAGGCCUUGGUCAUUCUGAAAGCAAGGAAGAUUUCCCACAGCGGACACUCCUGGACAAACCCCAUGUCCGAGGAGUUGAACGCGAAGAUUGAUGACAAGGCCUUUAACGACAGUGGCCUCCCAGCGGCUCAUGUGACCUCCACUGCUGCAGCGAUCGAGCGAUGGUGCAAGGAAGGGUCUUGGAGCUUUUGCAGCAACUGCCACUUGCUACGACCUCGACAUCUGAAGGAGGCCGACGUGGCUCGGACCGCCGCGCCCUGCACGAGCACCUGUCCUUCCUGUGAGAAGCAACCUGCGCCGUGGGUUCCCAAGGUAGAUGACGUACCUGAGCCUCUACGGAACCUGUCUCGUGACGUGGCCAUGGCGCUGCGUCCAUUGGACGUGGACUGCG